GCCAUAACCCCACAAAGCAGAGCAACCUUUACCUUGCCUUGCCACGUAGUUGCCUCCUUUUUCCAACAUCUGCACCGUCUCGAUUCCUCCUCCCCCAAUUUCAUUCUCUUCUCUAUAAAUCACCCCUUUCCCCCCUUCCUCAUUUCCGGUCGGUUCACGGGACUCUCCGUUACCCACUUCAAUUCAAGCAUCGUCCUGUGAAACGGGCUUCCUUCUCUGCUUCUUCUAAGGCAAGUAGAACCUCGAGGUUUGUCUGUAUUUGUGUAUGGGAUUGAUUCACUGCUUGGGUUAGGCGAAAGCUCGGCCAUAGCGGUUGAGGAUUAUUGGGAAUUUUGGAAGUGCAGCUCGCUCGUUCACGAUGUCAUCUCCAAGUAAAAGGAGAGAAAUGGAUGUCAUGAAAUUGAUGAUGAGUGACUACAAUGUGGAGAUGAUAAAUGAUGGACUAAAUGAAUUCAAUGUGGACUUCCAUGGUCCCAAACAAAGCUUAUACGAAACUGGCGUUUGGAAAAUUCGGGUCGAGCUUCCUGAUGCAUAUCCAUAUAAGUCUCCUUCGAUCGGUUUCGUGAACAAGAUAUUCCACCCAAAUGUUGAUGAACUAUCUGGUUCUGUGUGCUUGGAUGUGAUUAACCAGUCUUGGAGUCCGAUGUUCGAUCUUUUAAACGUUUUCGAGGUUUUUCUUCCUCAGCUUCUCCUUUAUCCGAAUCCUUCGGACCCGCUUAACGGCGACGCAGCAUCGCUUAUGAUGAAGGAUCGGAAACAGUAUGAUGAGAAAGUUAAAGAGUACUGUGAACGAUUUGCGAAGAAGGAGAAUGACAUUAAAUGCACAUCAGAAGACGAGAGUGAAGAGGAUGAAAUGAGCGAUAACGAAAGUGGUUCAAGCGACGACGACAACGUUGCUGGACAUGCCGAUCCCUAACGGGAAGGGAAGGAAAGAUAAGGCUAGGCAUUAUAUCAUAUCAAUGAUUUCUUCUUCUCCAUUUAGCAGCAGCAACUGAAUUUCGAUGUUCGGGUUUCUAUGUUUCGACUGGUUUGUAUGAUUAUAGUAUUGAAAAUGGCGAACGUAAGUGUUAGAUUAUUCGUAGAUUUUCAUUCAAAUGUACGAGCAGACAGUCCAGUAGGGGACAUAAAGAUUAAAGCAGCAACCUUACAAUACUUUUAUCAGUUAAUCAAAUAGACUACAUCAAACAGAA